AUGCCAUUACUGCGAGCUGGCGGGCCCUCCGCCAUUGGGGCUACUUGCACCCGCGCCGUUCGAUCCACAUACGCUCUCAAUGCCCGGUACCUAAGCUCUUCCGCCACCCGUCAAGCAGCAGGCGAGAUCAAGACCACCACCGAAGAUGCUCCCGCGACACCAUCAACUGGAAGUGCUAUAACCCGCAAAGAGACUGCUGGUGAAUCGAUUCCACGCCAUCAACCCGACUAUAACGCCACCGUUGACCAUGGCACAUCCCUGUUCUCCCCAGUCCCCAAGCGAGUAAUGGACGGAAGUGAGCCAAGCGAAGUAGUUGCUGCCGCCGUUCUCUCCGGUGCUCCAACAGACCUUCAAGCCCGAACAGUCAGAAUAUACCGUAGCGCCAAACCAGCCACUCAAUCCGGCAAUUGGCGCAGCCACCACUGGAGAAUGGACUGGGAUGUCCUAUCCAAAGGUCACCGUUGGGAAAAUCCAUUAAUGGGAUGGCAGUCCUCCGCAGAUGCCAUGCAGGGAACCCAUCUCAAUUUCAGAUCGAAAGAAGAUGCAAUUCGAUUUGCUGAGAAGCAAGGAUACGAAUACUUUGUUCAGGAGCCAAACGAGCGUGUUUUCCGCCCCAAGGCCUACGCAAAUAACUUCCUACAUGAGGCCAGGAAGCUCAAAUACAUCAAGACAAAAUAA